CCACAGCUGUAUAAUAAAGUCCAGUGCUCAACUUCUUUAGGAGCUAGGGUUUCUGGCAUUUGUUUUGCAUUAGAAAGAUAUUAUACACACACGGCCGCGCCACCUCCGCCCGAACAUUCUCAGCCACCAUGGGUCGUAUGCACAGCCGUGGUAAGGGUAUUUCAGCUUCAGCCCUACCUUAUAAGAGAACUCCUCCCAGCUGGCUCAAAAUCGCCGCUCCAGAUGUUGAGGAGAAUAUUUGCAAGUUUGCAAAAAAGGGUUUAACUCCAUCGCAGAUUGGUGUAAUCCUUCGUGACUCUCACGGAAUUGCUCAGGUGAAGAGUGUCACCGGAAGCAAGAUCCUUCGUAUCCUCAAGGGUCACGGGCUUGCACCGGAAAUUCCAGAGGAUCUGUAUCAUUUGAUUAAGAAGGCAGUCGCAAUUAGGAAGCACUUGGAGAGGAACAGGAAGGACAAGGACUCCAAAUUUAGGUUGAUUCUGGUGGAGAGCAGAAUUCAUCGCCUUGCCCGCUACUACAAGAAGACCAAGAAGCUCCCGCCCGUGUGGAAAUACGAGUCUACCACUGCCAGCACACUUGUGGCGUAGGUGAUUUUCGUCAUCAGUUUUGAAUGACCGUGGAGAUAUGGAUGCUGUUACGGUCUUGUUCAUUGUUGGCGAUUUUGAUUUUGACUUUCCUUAGUUUGCAAAAAUAUGUUAAAUUAAAAUGUUUUGUCUUCAUUUCAGUAUGUUAUUUGAAAGCAUGCUAAAUUAGAAUUUAUGUUUUCAUUUCAAUAUGUUAAUUGAUCGUGGAUGAAAAAUUUAUAGAUCCUUUUUGCUUUCGUGCUUUCUAA